AUGAUUGUUGAAAUAACAUUUAUGUUUAUUAUUAUUAUUGGUCGAUGGAUUUUACCCAAAGGUGAUAUAUCACAUAGUGCUUUAUCUCAAUUAUUGCUUGUUUAUUUAUCACUGGCAUCGGAUAUAUUGGAUCUGUUGACUCUAUUUAAUGAGAAUGAAAUACAGAGUAGUCCAGUGAUGAUUCGCUCGGUUCUAAUCGUCUUUUCGUUUUGUAUGUUUCAAUUUGCAUUGAAUUUAACGGCAACGCGCGGUCGAUCGUUUCGUGCAGAAUUCGAUCAAACAGAAAUUGAGAUUCAUCAACAUGCACCCGCACAAUGUUCAGUAUCAACUAUAACCAAACCUCAACCGAAACAUCGUCAAAUACUCUCGAAAAUUCUAUCACGUUCACAAUCAACUCCAAAUACACGCUCAGCAACCGCCUAUAAUCCUCAAAUGAUACAUAUGAGACCAGUGACAGCGACCAUUAGCAUUAGUCCACCGGAUAUAAUAUUUGAAAAUGUCAAAGCAACGAAUCAAGAAGAAUUGCAACUAACACCAAAAGAUUUAGAACAGCGAAAUUUGAAUCCACGUCCGUCGAUUAUCUCGUGGAACUCUCUACAAUCUUCCUAUCCAAACUCUCCUCGUCUUCGUAAACCAACACGAAAAAGAUCGAUCAGUGAAAGUGUGAAAUUCUUUGUUCAGAAUCGAUCAUCGAAAUUCGUUCGUUCGGAAAUCUGGUCGAUUCUCGUCACAUUAGCAUUGCAAGAUGGUCCGUUCUUUAGCAUUCGUCUCACAGCUAUCAUUGUGUAUCAUGUCCGUUCGUUUUUGACUUAUUUCUUUACAGUCAAAAAUUUUCUCAUUCUGGUUUUUCAAACCUAUCGUAUUGCAUCGAUUUGUCUAGAAAAGGAUGAACAUGAACAAGAAUUCGAAGAAAAACUCAAUUCGAUGAGACGAAUGAGUAUAGCCGCUUCUCAACUUGGAGUACCAUUGCACAGAAAAAUUUAA